AUGGUGGUAUUCAAAGAAGCCUCUAUAUUGACUGAAGAUUUCAAAAAUUUAAACAGGAAGGAGUCUGUGUUGUCGGCUCCUGUUGUGCAAAGUUUAAAUGGUUGUAAAAUUUGGAAGCCUCUUGAUGUUGGUUUUUUGAAGGUUAAUUGGGAUGCUUCUGUAAAUGUAAAUGUCGGUGUUAUUGGUCUGGGAUGUGUUAUAAGGAAUGAUGAGGGUAUUAUUAUGGGGGCUAAAUGCUGUGUUUAUAAAGUGAAUGCUGAUCCGUUAUUGGCAGAGGUUAUGGCUGCUCUAUUUGCUUUAGAAUUUUGUCUGGAAAUGGGCCUUGCUAAAAUUAUAAGUGAAGGGGACUCUUUGCAGAUCAUUAAGGGGCUGUGUGCACAAGAUAAUCAGCUAGACCGAAUUAGACAUUUUUUGUUGGCUAUUAGUCAAAAAGCAUAUUCUUUUUCUGUGUAA